CACUGGGACUCCUGAGGGAUCAGCCAAGUGUUUCUUCAGGGAGAAGAAGAAAGGAACUCUUCAGCUGCCUGUUCUGAGACUCUGCUUCAAGCUCUUUAACACUUCCUGUAAAGGAGGUCAAGCACAGAAGCAAUUAUUUGGGAAGGAAUUUCAAGUCAAGUCACCUGGAAAAUUAAUAUCAGCUGUUCAAUAAGAAGGAGGGGUGAGUUUAUUGAGCACCAAAACUCCAUCCGUGACCUUGCAAGAGGCCUCUGGACAAACACAGGUGGCUGAACUCCUGGACAAACUCCCUCUAAACACUGUGGGAAAUCUAACAACUGCCUACUUGGAGAUCAUAUAGAAACAGCCAGUCUGAGACUGCAGCAGAGGCAUUUGAGACUCCUCUGCUACUCUGGGGCUGUGAGCAGAAUCCUGUGCCGCUCCUUCUCACGGGGAGCAAGAGCCCUUCACUGAAUUCCUCCCACGAUGCUGGGGCUGCUGCUGCUGCAGGUGUUGGCCAGCUGCCUCUGGCUGGGACACGGCGAGGUGGUGACAUCCUUUGAAACUUCAUGUCCUCAGUUUUUUUUCCGGGAGAUCCCCCCAAACAAAGCUCUGGAGCCACAGAACCCAGCCUUGAUCUGCCAGCGCUACCAGAACCGGUAUUACUUUGCCACCCUGUACGACAGGAACAUGCGUAUUCCUGUCUACUCUGCUUACAUCUACCAGCCUGGACCUGGCAAAAGACCUAAAACAUGGCUGGUUGAGCCCCAGCUGAUUGGCCCAGCUUAUCCCAAAACUAUGGAAAAAGAGUGGACACUCUUAAAUCGAUACAAUGUCACCUUAGAGAAACUCAGCCAGAGCCAGGCUAUCCUUCAUGACUACAAGAACCUGACAGGGUUGAACCGGGGCCAUUUGAACCCCAAUGGCCACCACGAUGACUACAGCAGCAGGAUGGCUACCUUCACCCUCACCAACAUAGUGCCCCAGGAUGAGAGACUCAACGGCGGCGCCUGGAACAACUACGAGCAGCAAACCAUGAUCAGGAGCACCCAGGGCUGUAAAACCACCUAUGCCAUCACGGGUGCUGUGCCUGGGAACAACUACAUCGCCAAGGGGAGGGUUAAUAAACCCAGCCACCUCUGGUCAGCUGCCUGCUGCGUGGUGGACAACAACUACAUAAAGUCUUGGGCGGUCAUCGCUGUGAAUGACAAGAACCAGGUUCAGCUCCUCACCCUGGGGGAGCUGGAGGACACCUUAACUGAGCUCUAUGGGAGGGGACAGGUUUCCCUGUUUGACAGUGACUGUCCCCGGGAAUAAGUCUCAACAUCCUGGGUGGAACAGGGUCAGGAACUUUUGCCACAUGUCAUAGAAUCACAGAAUGGUUUGGGUUUGAAGGAAUUUCAAAGACCAUCCAUGUAGCCUCAGCUCCUGAACCAUGGCCAGGGACACCUUCCACUAUCGUUGGUGGCUCCAAGCCCUGUCCAGCCUGGCUUUGAACACUUCCAGGGAUGGAGCAGCCUUAACUUCUCUGGACAACCUUUGUCAGGGCCUCACCACCCUCACAGUAAAGAAUUUCUUCGAACAUCUAAUGUAACCCCACCUGCUUUCAGUUUACAGCCAUUGCCUCUUGUCCUGUCACUCCAUACCCUUGUCCAAGGUCCCUCUCUUUUUCAAAACCCUUUAGACACUGGAAGGGGUCCACGUUGUCCCAGGAGCCUUCUUUUCUCCAGGCUCCCUCACCCUCAGCUCUCUCACCCUCUUUCUGGAGCAGAUGUGCUCCAGCUCUUGGAGCAUGUCUGUGGCCUCCUCCGGACUCCACUCCAACAGUUUUGUCUCCUUCUUAUGUUGUGGAUCCCAGAGCAUGGAGGUAGCACUGCAGCUGGGGUCUCACCAGAACAGAAUAGAGGGGGACAAAUGGUCUGUAGAAGGGAACAAGACAACCCAAGCCUCCCAAAGGCCUCUCAUUCAUUUCCAGGAAGGUCUGAGGGAGCAAACUUCACAUGCUAUCUAGUUUCCAUUAGGAAGUGAGAAACCUGUCUUCAGGUCAGGAAAAUGUAUAUAUAAAAGAGUACCUUCUGCCACCUGCUUAUAGAGUAGUUUAGGGACUAACAUAACAAUUUCCAUCCCAAGUGUGUAAUUUACUAAUAAAACCUUGUGGAACUUUA